ACCACAUGGCCAGAUCCGAAGCUCUGACGAAUCCCUCCCUCCACAGGCCCGAGCGCAAAGGCCAAAAGCCAGCCAGCGCCAGUGCGCGCAUCCGCACCCGCUUCCCACUCUCCCGCUCUAUAAAUUCCACACCGCUCCCCUCCCUCCCCCACAAUCCUCCAUUCCCAGACCACAGCCAGAGCACGCUCAGAGCAACGCUCCCCGCAAAGCCGCACCAAGAACGCCGUCCCGCCGCGCGCGAUGAGCUUCUCGUCGGCGUGCAAGCAGCAGGUGCUGGGCGCCGGCGGCGAGGAGGCGAGGGAGGACGAGGCGGUGAUGGAGCUCAUCCCCGGCCUGCCGGAGGAGGUGGCCGAGAAGUGCCUCCUCCACCUCCCUUUCCUCUACCACCGCCUGUUCCGCACCGUGUCCUCCAACUGGAACCGGUUCCUCACCGACGCGCCGGGGGCCGCCAAGGCUUCGACCCCGCCGGCGGCGACGGCGACGGUCUCGCUGUCUCUGCCGUUCCUCUUCGCCUUCGCCUUCGACCCCGUCUCGCGCCGGCUCCAGUGCCAGGCGCUCGACCCCUUCUCCCGCCGGUGGCUGCUGCUGCCCCCGGUCCCCUGCGGCGCGGCGGCCGGCUCGUUCGCUGUCGUGGGCCUCCCCGCUCGCGGCGAGAUCUACGUGAUCGGCGGCGUGGAGGAGGGCGGCGACAAGGCGGUGAGCAGCGUGUCGGUCUACAGCGCGGCGACCAACGGGUGGGGGCAGGUGGCCGGCAUGAGGAUGCCCAGGGGCUACAUGGCGGCCGGCGAGGUGGGCGGGCGCGUGGUGGUGGCCGGGGAGGACGGCGAGGCGGAGGUGUUCGACCCGGAGGCCGGGCGGUGGGCGCAGGCCGCGGCCCGGGGCGGCGCGGCCGUGGCGAGGUACGACGCGGCGGCGGCCGGCGGCAAGCUGUACGUGACGGAGGGGUGGGCGUGGCCGUUCGAGCGGGCGCCGCGAGGCGCGGUGUACGAGGCGGCGACGGACGCGUGGUCGGACAUGGCCCGCGGGAUGCGGGAGGGGUGGACGGGCUCCUGCGCCGUGUCGGGCGGCCGGAUGUACAUCGUGGCCGAGUACGGCGAGUGGCGGCUGAAGCGGUACGACGAGGCGCGGGACGAGUGGCGGAUGGUGGCCGGCGGCGGGGUGCCGCAGGAGGUGCGGCGGCCGCACGUGGUGGCCGGGCAGCUGGAGGAGGUCGGCGGCGGCAGGCGCAGGAUCUACGUGGUCGGCGCCGGGCUCGACGUCGCCGUCGGCACCGUCGGCGCGGCGGCGGAGGAGGAGGAGCGGGUGGAGUGGGAGGUGGUCAAGGGCCCCGCCGAGUUCGUCGGGCUCGCGCCCUGCAACGCGCAGGUCCUCUACGCCUGAGGCGCCGGCGCCGUUCACCGGCGGGGAAAAGGAAGGAAGGCAGACCCUUGGCCCGCACGUCAGCUACUAUCGCCCCUGCCACCAGCGAGCUAGCUCACUGCUGACGCCGCUCGAGGCAGGCUCUGCAGCCGAGCCGAGCGCACGGACGGGCCCCGUGCGUCAGCGACAGGAGCGAGUGCUGCCGAAGGCGCCCUUUAAUUUUCCUUGCUGAGGAAGCGUGCGUGCGUGCGUGCGUGUAAAGAGCGAAAUGAUUACACCUGCAAGAAAUGGCUCGUAGCAGUCCGUCCACCAGACUUUAUUUCCCGUUAAAAUUAUCAGAGCAUUUUCCGCC